CAAAAAAUAUGUCUAACCAUAUUUUUCUAACACUCACCACCAUCAUUGCAACCGUCUUGUUCACUAGAACCACCGCGGUUACUUACAAUGUGAAGAACUUGGGUGCGAAACCGAAUGGUAGAACGGAUGCAACCAAGGCGUUUAUGGCUGCCUGGUCGAGCGCAUGUGGCUCGACCAAGGCGGCUACCAUGUACGUUCCGAAAGGAAGGUACAUGGUUGGUGGGCUAAAGUUUAAUGGCCCGUGUAGGAGCGGAGCCAUUACGGUCCGCAUUGAUGGAACCCUGGUGGCUCCGUCGAAUUAUUUUGUUCUUGGUAAUGCUAAGUAUUGGCUGCUUUUUCAUGGUGUUCAAGGGGUGACUAUUGUGGGUGGUACCUUGGAUGCUCAAGGUGCGGGUUUGUGGGCUUGUAAGUCGUCUGGUAAAAGAAACUGCCCUGAUGGAGCCACGAGUUUAGCGAUUUCCAACUCGAACAAUGUUAUAGUGUACGGAUUGAGUUCAGUGAACAGUCAAAUGUUCCACAUUGCCGUAAACGGUUGUCGUAACGUGAGGGUGGUGGGGGCAAACGUGGUGGCGCCGUGGAACAGCCCGAACACUGACGGCAUCCACGUGCAGUUAUCCACUGGAGUCACCAUUAUGAACUCCAAAAUCAGCACCGGUGAUGACUGUGUAUCCAUCGGUCCAGGUGCAACCAAUUUAUGGAUCGAAGGUGUCGCUUGUGGACCGGGCCAUGGCAUCAGCAUUGGGAGUUUAGGAAAGGACUUAAACGAACAAGGCGUGUCGAAUGUGACCGUGAAAAGGGUUACUUUUAAAGGGACCGAUAACGGGUUAAGGAUCAAGGCGUGGGCGAGGCCGAGCAAUGGGUUUGUUAACGGUGUUUUGUUCCAGAACGCGGUCAUGACCAAUGUAGAGAACCCGAUCGUUAUUGAUCAGCAUUAUUGCCCGGGUGGCAAGAAUUGUCCCCGUCAGGUCUCUGGCGUAAAAAUAAGUAACGUGAAGUAUCAAGAUGUGCACGGGACAUCGGCCACGAAAGUAGCAGUGAAGUUUGAUUGCAGCAAAAAGUAUCCAUGUAGGGGAAUCACGAUGCGAGACGUGAAUUUGAGCUUCAAAAACCAGCUUCCAGCGUCUGCAUAUUGCGUUAACGCCGCUGGAACAACUUCCGGUGUGAUGAAGCCCACAAGCUGUUUUUAGAGUGAGUGAGUGAGUUGCAUGAGCCCGUGGCUAGAGAAUUGUAUUUGAAUCGCCUGGCUUUGCAUUGAUCAUGAUUGAUUGUUUAGUAGUAGGAUUUAUUGGAGUUGGUUAGUUUGGGAAAUUUUUUUUAUAUGUAUCAUGCUCGAUCAUACACAUUUUGUUGCAUUUAUAUUACAACGUUUGGUAUUUAAAGUACGUGACACAAUGAAAGUUAUAGCUGA